AUUGCUUCCAUUUACUGAUAAGUGUCUGUGUCAUCUCACAUCACAGACACUCUGGAGAGUGACUAGUGAGCGCUAAUCGCUUGAACAAAUAGCAUCGGCAGCCGCCGGUGGAUUACACGGCUUAAGAAGAUGGCCUCCCUGCGGCUUUACAUUUUGCUGUUUCUCAACAUUUGGUUUUACACCUCCGGCACGGAAGCUAAAGCACCUUCCCGUCCGGUUCAGCCGUACCACUACGAUUACAGCCGCAUCCAGGAAACGGACCAGGCGUGGAAAUGCUGGAAGGAAGGCUACAGACCACCACCGGCAACUUCCAACAAAAUCCACGAGCAAGGCAACGGUACGGUGGCGGAAAUCGAACGUAUCCUGCGCUUCGAUCAAUCCAACACGGUCCUCUUCCUGUUCACCAGCAACUCGGACAACCAGAAUCUUCACACGACGUUCACAGUUGAGCGUAACAAGCUCGUCCGCCUAUCGCUGGAUAAUGCGGGAUUGGAGCGAUUGGAGCUGACGCUCCUCGGUCGUGAGAAUGACUGCCGUUUGGCGGACCUGUCCGUGCCGCGCAAUCGGUUGCGCGAUCUUCCCACCGGAGUGGAGCGACUGACUGCGCUUCGAAAGCUCGACUACAGCUACAACCUGCUGGAGGAGUUCAAGCUGGAUCGUUUGGCGAAUGCGGCGGGGCUGAAGCAACUGCUGCUGAGCCACAACCGAUUGGAGCGCUUCGUGGCGACGGAGCAGGUGAAUUUGGCAGCGCUGCACAAGCUAGACCUGUCGAACAAUAGGCUGCGGGCGCUGGAUGCGUCGUACUGGACGAUGCCCCAGCUAGAAACGUUUCACGUCGAUAAUAAUCGGCACCUGACGGUGAUUGACGGCUGGACGCGGGCAAAGUUUCCACUGGUGAAGGGUUUCGAUCCGGCCGGUACGAACAAUUGGAACCAAACGUGGCUCAAGUCUGUGCAGUAAGGAUUCGUGAGGAUACUCCAUUGAUAUAAGGACGGUAUGAGUUCUAUAGAAUAACUUCCGCUACGCUAUGUGGAGCUCUCUUUGUGCUACGGCUUUGUUGCGUAGCUACACGAAUAAAAGGUUCCUGUCAUAA